UUUACUUCUUAAGAAAAACAAAAACAAAGAGAAAAGAUGAGGUUGGCUGAGGCCGUGGUGACAAACUGAUAAUUGUAUUUUUCAUUUCAAAAAGGUCAAAGAUGGUGUACUAUACUUGAAAAUCUUGGUGUUUGAGUCUUCACAUUCCCAGGAUUCGAUUUCGAUUUGAGCUCCUCGAGAAUCAUGGCGCUGAAGGUAUAUGCUGAUCGGAUGUCCCAGCCAUCUCGUGCUGUUCUCAUCUUCUGCAAGAUAAAUGGGAUAGAUUUCGAGGAAAUCCGAGUAGAUGUCUUGAAAAACCAGCAAUUCAGCCCUGAAUAUAAAGCAAUAAAUCCCAUGCAUCAAGUUCCAGCUAUAGUUGAUGGACGCUUCAAGCUGUUUGAGAGUCAUGCAAUUCUUAUCUACAUCUGUAGUGCAUUUCCAGGAGUAGCUAGUCAUUGGUAUCCUGGUGAUUUAUCCAAAAGAGCUAAGAUCCACUCUGUUCUAGACUGGCAUCAUUCCAAUUUACGCCGUGGUUCAGCUGGACUUGUUUUCAACACUAUCUUGGCACAUAAUGAUUCACACCAUGCAUAUCCUCAAGUAGUCAAUCAAGCCGAGGGGAUACUCAAGAAAUCUUUGAAUACAUUAGAAACUUUUUGGCUAAAAGAUGGAAGAUUUUUGGUUGGAAGCUCUCAACCUUCAAUUGCAGAUAUCAGUUUAGUAUGUGAAAUUAUGCAACUUCAGCUUCUGAGUGAGAAGGAAUGUGAACGAAUAUUAAGCCCUUUCAAGAAAGUUGUUGAGUGGAUUGAAGAUACAAAGAAAGCGACUGCACCUCAUUUUGAUGAAGUUCAUGAGUUUCUCUUUAAAGCCCAGAAAAGGAUUCGAACAGAAUCUGGGAAAGAUGAAUUGAAGUCAAAGUUGUAAUGUUAAGAUUAUUUAAUCUUGUCUAUUUUAAAGAAUAAAUCCGUUUGAUUUGUGUAUAAUAUAGCUUGUAAUAUUGCUAUAUCAUAUGUUGUAACUUGCAAUAAACCGUU